AAAGAGGUCAAAAAAGAAACAACUUGAUGGCGAGAUUUUUGAAAUGCUGUUAACAUUCAGUGACUUCAUAUCUUUUAAAGAAAUGUUUCUAGAUUACAAAGCAGAAAAAGAAGGAACUGCCAUUGACCUUACAUCUGGUAUGAUGAUUACACCUUGCAAGUUUCCAGAACCAACGUCAUCCACAAAAACAACAGAGUGAACUUUUAUAUUCAGACUUGUUCAUUCAAUUAACAAAGGUAUUGAUGCUUUGUGUAAUACCUGAACUCAAUCACAAAGUAAAGCUACCUACCACCAGUUUGUUUUUUGAUCACUUUUCAAUUUUGAUCUGAAGUCCAAAAACUAUCAACUUAUUGGUGGCAAAUAUUUCUGAAUGGAAACUGGAUGACACGUUUAUUAUUACUAGAGUUGUCUAAGCAUUCUUUGUUUUAAAUAUUCUUGGAAUAGAAUGCUAGCAUGUAUUUCUCAGGAAUGGGGGUUUACUUGUUUGCAAUAUCAAUUAUAUGGUAUACCAUGGAGCUGUUAUAGCUCCAUGAUUGUUCAUCCUGUUUCUAGAGUGGUGCCAGAAAUUCCCCGGCGAGCAAUCCAAGGCCCCUGAAAAAAAGAUCCUAAUCCACCUCGGCUCCAUCAUGUUUGGAGUGAAAUUUAAGAAUAGGCAC